AAAAGUGUAGGCUCCAUUGAUCUCUGAUCGUCCCCAAGUGAGUCUUCCCAAAUUGUCAUAGUUUCUAAAAUUAGUUGUGUUCCCUUAAAUUUUGUGUAAGUUCAUCGAGUUACCAGGGACAUGGGUAAGAGUUCAGGAGCGGACUUGGAUCUGCCGGUGGCCAGUUGGCAUCGAGGGCUUUCGAUCCCUCAGAUGCAGGCGGCUGAUGACCUAGGCGCGGCCCUUGGAUAUAAUAUCGGCGGCAUUCGGGACUGUCUGCUGCGCCUCGGACUGCGUCCUUUGGUCAGGAACCGCCAGCUUCUCAGGAUUGUGCAGCUGAGUCGCGGCCAGAAACUGGCCUUCCUCUACUUCCUGUUCCAGGAGCACUACAACACCGGCGGAUCAUGCGGCGAAUACACGGUCAAUGGGCAACUCCUGCUGUCGGCCGUCGCCUAUCUGGAUCUGCCAGCCACCUUCCGAGCCCUGGACAAAGUUCUUCCCCUUAACAAAAAUCGUGCCAGCAAAUCGAAUACUCCACCGGACAUCCAAAAGAAGGCUUCUCGAAGACCUUCCUGCUCAACGUCAAAUCAAUCGACAUUUAAGACGCUCUCCCCAAAAGAUAUAGAAAAUAAGAUGCCUUUGGAUCUGCGGGCUACCUUUCGAGAACUGGGCAGGGUUCUUUCCUCACAGCUGGCACAGCAGAAUCAAACGGUCAGCCCCGGUAUAAAAGUCAAGCCCUACUUCCAGAAGCAACCACGACCCAAAUCCUUCCGUCGGCCCACCCAUUUUUCGUCGAAUUCACCGCUUUACGAGGUGCAGAUCCCCAACGAGGUGGGUGAUCCGAGGGAGGAUGAGGACCGGUGGUUCGCCAAUUUCCAGUUCCACCCGGUCCAGCGUACAGUGAAGGCGGUUAUCAACCACGAGCUGUGUCAUCUGUUCGAUCAAAUAGACGAGGCGCCCAGCGAUCCUCCACAGGAUCCAAGGGAUCUGUGCGAAUUCCACGAGGAAACUAGGUCCCAGGAGCGACGGGCGUUUCUGCUCAAGCAGCGGCUACGUUACCUGGAGAUGAUUGACUUGGAAGGCACUGAAAAGCGGCUUACUAGGGAGCGGAUUAUUAAUCACCUGGAGCGGGACGUGGACGAGUACCUUCUGAAGUUCGGUGACAAGGGCUGGAGUCCCGGAGUGCCUGCUUUUCGGAAACCUGACUGCGCCGCCUGCAACGAACUGGUGCACGUGGGCUUGGACACUCCUCCCCAGGUGCUCCUCCUGGAGGGUGAAUGGGGACGUCUGUACGACAGGAGCGGUCCCAAGCUGCGGCUUUGUGCAGGUGAAGAUGGAAAUCAAAAGUUCCAGAAGAGUAAAAAGAAGCCGGAAUAUUUCACUGCUCCCGGGGGCCACAGACCCUAUGCCUUCAACUAUGCACGGAUAUUCGAGGAGGGCAGUAAGCAGUCUUUGAAUACCAAAGAAGCCAUUGGGAAUUCCCUGGUAAAAUCAAUCGAAGCUGACGACGAUGAUGAUGACGCGGAGCGGGAAAUAAGGAUACCCAGAACAGUUAGGAGCAGUCACAUCAAUGAAGCGAUUUGCCGGUGUGUGCGUAAAAUCUUCGAGAAGAGCCUGCUGACAGCGCCGUGUGUAAUGACUCCAAAGAACUCCAAGGAGCGCCUCGUCUACGAUCGCAAGCGGAUCGAUCCCGACGACGAAAAGUUCAUGGAUCAGAUGCUGAGCGAUGCUUUCAACAUUCUGCGCCGCGACACCAGUCUUGUGCUGGCCAGCUUGCCCGAUGGCCACCAGCUGCCGCAGCUACGAGAGUGGAUCAGGAGGAGGUUUGGCAAACGAUACGGGCCGCAAACCGAGGUGGAGGCUGAUAAGCUCGCGCACAAGAUGCAGAAUCUGUCGGAGAUGGAAAGGCAACUGGCUCCGCUGAUGGCCAACAUAGAUCCCCGGAUGGUGCGACAGAAUCCCGUGCCCUUUGCCCUGUACGACGAAAUCAUGGCGGCGGCCAACAAGUUCAAGAAGUCCUUCCGGGAGCAAGUCCUCCAGAUCAUCCUCAAGCAAACCCGACUCUGCUGGCAGGCUCAGCACAAUCUGCGAGCCUACAACAGCUCCGGACUCCGCCGCACUUUCUUCACAUAUCUGCCCAGCUCCUCCGCCAGUAGAGAGCCCACCUUCAGUCUCUUUUUGGCAUCCAAAAAUGCCUAGUAGUUAGUCCGAAAGCAGGCAGGUCAUCAUGAUCCUAAGCAUGAUCUGAUGAUCUUCUUCUAAGGCCAACAUAAUCAUUUUAAUCUUAGCAGAUAGAAUGACUAUCAUUGAUCUUAGAUGGAAUCAUUUUUUGGGAUCAGAUUGAUACUGAAUUACUUCAAUUUUUACCUUUUAACCAUAAGUUUCAGUCAAAAUCUAAGAAUUUAUUUCUUGAUUAUUUUUACCCCUUUGACAAGAGAGCUUUUAACCAGUCCAAAGACUUUUUUAUCCAAUGACAGUAUUUAUUCAGAUGUGUACGGCAAGGUGUAAUUAGCAACUAUUUUGUUGCUCAUUAUGAGUAGCCGAAUAAUAAUUAAAUAAAUUAUAAUUCAUAAGAGUAA